AUGGCUGAAGAAUCGUGUUGCGAAAAUGGUGGUGCGUCGUCGUUUAACGAUGGGAGUCACUGCAUUUCGAAGACUGUGGACAAUGGUGGAGUCGAAAGCAAGAGGUUUUACUUGGCUCGCACGACAGUUUUUGAGAUGCUUCGCGACAGAGGUUACGAGGUUUCUGACGCCGAGCUAUCUCUCUCACUCUCUGAGUUUCGGUCUGUCUUUGGUGAGAAACCAGAGCUUGAACGCCUCCGUAUCUGCGUGUCUCUUCGCUCAGAUCCCGAUAAAAAGGUCCUUGUAGUGUUCAUGGGGUCUGAACCAAUCACCGUGAAAUCAAUCCGUACGAUUCAUAGCGAGAUUUCGAGCCGUGUAGGCUUGCAUGGUCUGAUUCUGGUUUUACAAAGCAAGAUGAACCACUUUUCUCAGAAGGAAUUGACAACCUUUGCUUUAAAAGUUGAAACUUUCCCGAUAGGAGAUUUGUUGGUCAGCAUCACAAAGCACAGUGGGCAACCAAAGAUUGAGAUUUUAACCAAAGAGGAGAAAGAAAAGUUGCUGAGUAAGCAUGGACUUGAGGACAAACAGCUUCCUUAUUUGCAGGAGAAGGACAGCUUUGCGAGAUACUAUGGGUUAAAGAAGAGACAGGUAGUGAGGAUUACAUACAGUAAAGAGCCUGUUGGAUCUUUCGUCACUUACCGAUGCAUCAUGUGA